AUGGGUCUCUCUGGUGCACGCAAGGUGCUCUUAAUCCUCGUGAUCACUGCAUGCGUCUUCUCCGGAAGUGCUGAGGCAUGGAGCUGGAGUUGGGGUUCCGGCCAGUCCGGUUCUAACUGGGGCUGGGGCUGGGGCUCCGACAGCUCUGGUAGCGGUUCUUCUGGCUCGAGUUCAGGUGGUUCAGACUCGAACUCGGGUGGUGGUUCAAGUUGGGGAUGGGGUUGGAGCUCGAACGGAACGGAUACACACUGGGGUUGGGGAAGCAGCUCUGGCUCAAACCAUUCGAGCGGCACUGGCUCUACACACAACAACCACACGGCCCCAUCAAACCACUCCUGCGGCACUGGUUCUACAAGCAACAUCCACCACAACCACUCGGCUCCAUCAAACCACUCAAGCGGUACUGGUUCUACACACAACAACCACACGACCCCAUCAAACCACUCAAGCGGUGCUGGUUCUACACACAACAACCACACGACCCCAUCAAACCACUCAAGUGGUGCUGGUUCUACACACAACAACCACACGGCCCCAUCAAAUCACUCAGGCGGGACUGGCUCUACGAGCAACAACAGCCACCACAACCACACGGCCGCUCUAAUAUCGCAUAGAAGAAAGAUUGAGGUUACUGUGUGGAAAAGCGGAUUCGAUUACCAAGAAUGGGCUUCAAAGCAUGCGCCUUUCUACGUCAACGAUGUUCUUGUUGUCAAGUACACCAACAACAAUAAUGAUCGAACCAAAUCCAAGACCAAGCACAGCCACAAGAACGAUGUCUAUUUGCUCCCAGACUUGAGGAGCUACAAGAGAUGCGAUGUGAGGAGAGGCAAGAAGCUAGUCGCACGAGGAUCAUCAACAUCCUCAUUAGGGUUCAAGUUGCUUCUCCGCAAGACUCAGACUUACUACUUGGCCAGUGGGAACCACAAGGACUGCAACCACAACAUGAAGUUCUCUGUUUCCCCUGUUCCCCGCCCUUCUCCACAUACUAAACCCUAA